UAAUGUUAUACGAUACUUCCUGAGGCUGGUUCCCUAAAUUAUUUAAUGAAAAAGUGUACAUUUACGGUGAAUUAUUAUUGUCUAACUAAACAUAAUGUCUGAUCCAACAAUUCAAACAUUUUGUUGUCAUCAUUCUGGUAAAAAUGAGGAUAUGGCAGUGAGAAUAAUGAACGAGUUUAAUACAGAUUCAUAUAACACUGUUUGUUUGGUUUCUUCUACAAUCGGUAUUUUAGGCGCAUUAUUCCAGAUUGUACAUUAUUUAUGGCAAACUAUACCACAAAGGUACAACACCUUUACAUCCAGUCGUGGACGAAAUAUUAUAAUGUGGCUCGCUGUUGCUGAUUUAUUGGCAUCCUCUGGUGUCUUAAUUAGAUCCUCACUGUGGUUGAAAUACAAAACUAUUAUGCCUAUGCCAGAUGAUGGUUUUAGUGUAUUAUUCUGCAGUAUUACCUCAGCUUGGACUCAAUAUUUCUAUACAGCAACUUGGUUCUGGACUCUAUUCUAUGCAAUCGACACUUGGCUUACUAUUAAAGGCAGGGACUCUCACCAGAUGGUUUACCACUCGGUGGCCUGGGGUCUGCCAGCUGUCACUACUGGAGUAGGACUGUCUAUUCUAUAUUACCCAGAUGCAACAUGUCACAAUUUAACAUCAGUCACAAGUGCCCUACUAAAAAUUCUUCCCAACUACUGUGCAACUUAUGUGCCUAUAGCACUUGUGAUGGUAAUAAACCCCAUCAUGUAUGUGCUCGCUGGCAAAGACGUGGAAAUGGCAGUUGCGCUGCCGCUCGCUCAGUUCACAAGUAAGGAGCGAAGGGUUGUGGACGCUUUAAGACUGAAAUUUUUUAUGAUAAAUGUAGUAUUCUACAUUUGCUGGUUACCUAAUCUCCUGAACGGAAUACUGUUGUGGACUAUGUGGUUCAAUAUGCCAGUAAAAGUUAUAAUAUCUAUUUGGUAUGUAAUGGCUUUAAUGAACCCAAUGCAAGCGCUGUUUAACGCUAUGGUUUACCGCAAGUGGAGUUCUACUGGCUACAGCAUGGUGCCUACAAUGUCCAGUGCAACAAUCAAAGGUUUCCAGUUCAGUGACGAGCAGUCCCCGCUUCUUGGCUCGGAGCCUCCGCGACUGCAUUUGGAUCCAUUGCCGUCUAGUAUUAACAAUUAUUCUACCCUGUGAUCUUUAGUCAAUUCGUAUAAACACUGCCGGUGACGGUCACAUCAAAGAAGCUUAUAAUAACACUCAGUGGCGGAUUUGCAGUCUUUGCCGCCCUAGGCCCCAAGCCUUGUAGCCGCCCCUUUCUCAGCAUCAGCACCCAUCAUAUUGACUACAUUUAGAUCAGGCAACGAAAAUAUAUAUUAUAGAGGGAAAUGCUUGGGACACGUUUUUUACUUAGUAACUUUUUUGGACUCGUUAGGAGGUGAACAUAUCAAAAGUAGGGGGGUUGAAGUUUAAAACUGUCACUUAAAAUGAAUAAGUAAGACCUAUGUUCCUAUGAUCAUGUCGUUAGAACGCAUAGUUUCCGAGAUAUAAGCGAAAAACUGAAAAAUGUGACCUUCACCUCUCUUCCCCCGGCUCAAGGGCUACGGCCGGGGACUUUUGAUAUGUUCACAUCCUAGAUAGUCCAAAUAAAGAUAGGUACAAAGUCAAAAAUUGUGUUUCAAGCAUUUCCCUCUAUAGGUACCUUUUUUUGAGAAUUCGUUGCCUCUGGCCUAAUAAAUUUUGAAUUAUUUUUUGUUAUCAUCAGCGAUUUUUUUGUCACAAUUUGCCGCCCCUAAUAUCUUGCCGCCCUAGGCCCGGGCCUACUGUGCCUUAUGGGAAAUCCGCCACUGAUAACACUGCAGGUUAUAAUUGAAACUGAAACGGGACUUAUGGUUUUAUUUAUAAAUGUCCGUCAAAUCUAAAAAGCUGAUGAUAAUCGCUUGUCCCUUGUGUGUAGUGUUUGUUAGAAAGAGACAGCCUUCACAAAGGUUUUCUCAUCAUCAUCAAAUUUAAACCGCUAAAUUAUACGGUUUGCCACGCUACGUAUUUUUAUUUACUCGCGCGGUAUGUUUCGGAGAGCCUAGGUCUCCACUUUCAAGCACUAACAGUACAUUGAGUCGCGGUCAAGAUAGUCGCGCGUCGCGUACUGUCACGUGUCACUCACCGCGCAGCGCGCUGGGUGCACGCGACUACCUAAGUCCAGUUUCAGUUUAAAUUAUGAGUGAAACUCGUGUUUGUCUAAAUUGGGAUACUUUCGAAGGAAUCACCUUGCAGUAACAUUUGGUAGUGUGUGACGUAAAUUAAUUAGAUUUUCUUGAAUUAUAAGCUUCUCGGUCACAUCAAAUCUACGCGAGUAGGAUGACUGAUAUAGAGUAGGUAUAGGCUCUACCAGACCAAUCGCGCUAGCAAGACUGAGGGCUUAGAUUGGCGUUUUCUAUUAAUAAUUAGGGCCUUUAAUCAUUAAAAGUCUGUGCUCAUACAUUUGAUAAAGAUAUCGAUAUUACGACCAAUUUGGUAUAAAUAUGUGUACAAAACCUUAUAUUACAUUCGUAUAAGUACCUACACAUAUUUAAGGUCCCUUCUUGUUUUACACUUUUGCACCUUACUCAUACUCGUUAGUAAUAAGGCGAAAAAUGUAAACAUAGAUAAUGGGUAUCUUUGACGUCUACUUUAUGGCUCCUCUUCACGUUGGGCCAACGCCGACGCCAACGAGGGACGCAUUUAUGCGUUAGAGGGAGCAAGUGAUAUUGUUAUCUCAUUCUACCGGAUGGCUGCGUUCCUCGUUGGCGUUGGUCCAACGUGAAGAGGAGCCUUUACGUGACUUUAGGAGCUGCAUGGGUAACGAUAUUUCAAAAUGGAACGCGGGCCCAGGCCUUGCUAUCGCGCUAGGUUUGGCGGAACAAUUGUUACUUUAGGUACUUAUUUACAUAUGCCAUUCCAGUUAUUAGUAUUUAGUAUACUGUAGGUACAUAAUUAUUCCUACCCUUAGGCUGCUUGUAUAGGUAGGUACGUCCGUUCUUUUAACCGGACAACGGACGGUGUUACGCGACUACGUUUGGUUUUUUAUGUGGAUACCGACAGCUACUUACUUACACCCAAGAAAACUAAAACCUCGUCGCCUAACAUGGAAAAUUGUCCGCUGAAAACGACGGACGUAGGUAUACAAGCGGCCUUCCGUACAUUGUGUACGCACGACUGCAUUCGAGUGAGCACUUCUUGCCAUGUUAUUACUAUGUUUUCAAGUAUAUGGGACAUAGUAAAUUUGUUAUUUUUUAAAGUAAUACCUAAUAUAAGUACUACUAUUGGCUCUACAAACCUCACCGAUAUCGGAUGGGAUAUUUGAUAAGUUUUUCUCUUGUUUGAUAUGGCAAUUGAAUUUGUUGCAUCUCAAUAGCCGGUAAUGUAUUGAUGUAUUGAAAAGGCAUUCAAUUAUAGGUACUUGUUUUUUCUAGCAAUAGAAAGGAAGAAGGUAUCUAAGCGACCUUGACGUGUCUUUUUAUUGGAAAAUACUCGAAAAUUACGGCAAAUACUCGUAUGUAACCGAUACUAAUUUUUAAAAAGCGUAUUUUCUAAUGCUAAAAAACCGAAGUAUAGUAUCGGUGACGUCUGUAGAGCCUAAUGUUUAAAAUAAGAUUAAAUUGUGUAUUUUUUGAGAAAUGUUUGUUAUUUAAUAAUGUAUACCGGAUUUAAUACAUUUUUAUACAACUACGUA